UUUAGCGAGUUAGCUGUGCGUUGAGUGUUGACACUUGAUAGAGAAGUAAUUAGAACAGUCGUAACUCGUACCUAACACUUAACAUACUCACGUUAUUAUCUAGUAUUUUCUAAUGAAACCGGCCGUAGAGAGAUAAAAUUGGCUGUUAAAUGUGGCUGAUUUGUUAAUGAAACCAAAACAAAAAAUAUACAUCAUUUUAAGUUGACACCAUUAAAUUUUGUUCAGUCAUGGAAGUUAUAGUUGCUAAUGUUGAUCAUAUCAAAUUUGAUAUUGAUUAUGCUCUCGAACAGCAGUAUGGAGCGUUGCCAUUGCCAUUUCCAGGAAUGGAUAAGUCUACAGCGGCGGUUUGUGAGUUUUUUGGACAAUCUGGAGGUUGUAAUAACGGACCCCGGUGUCCUUAUAGGCAUGUUCGUGGUGAUCGGACUGUGGUGUGUAAACAUUGGUUGCGAGGGCUUUGUAAAAAGGGUGAUCAGUGCGAAUUUUUACAUGAAUAUGAUAUGACUAAAAUGCCUGAAUGUUACUUUUAUGCUAGAUUUAAUGCUUGUCAUAAUAAGGAAUGUCCAUUUCUCCACAUUGACCCAGAAAGCAAAAUCAAAGACUGUCCCUGGUACGAUAGAGGUUUUUGUAGACAUGGGCCACAUUGUCGCCACCGGCAUGUUAGGCGUGUCCUUUGUACGAACUAUUUAGCUGGAUUCUGCCCUGAUGGUGCAAGCUGCAAGUAUAUGCAUCCGCGGUUUGAGUUGCCAGCUCCUCCCGAGCAGACUAAAGACACAAAACGACUUCCAGUCUGUCAUUACUGUUCAGAAGUUGGUCACAAAGCUUCCACUUGUCAUAAACUUCCUCCAGAUCAAAGAGAAGUUGCUCAAAAACAAGAAGAAGCCAGGUACAGGGCCUUAGGUUAUUUAAAACAAGUGGGAGAAGAAGAUUCUCAACAAACUCUACACAGAAUGCAGCGAAUGAUGCAUAAGCCUCUAGAAGAGGUGACGUGCUUCAAGUGCGGUACAAAAGGACAUUAUGCUAACAAGUGUCCUAAAGGACAUCUAGCUUUUCUAUCAAAUCAGCCAGGACAAAACAAUAAUACGGUGUUCAAAAAAUCUAAUUAAUAAUUACUUUUAAUGUCACUAAA